AUGAAUUACACGAGCGCUCCUGUACUCAAUUCAUCACCAGCACAACAUGGCGGUGGCAUGCUGCAUCACCAACCAUCACACCAUUAUAACGAGUCUAUGGAUCCUUAUCGAGAUUCAGCCAUGACUGCUCCAGCAUCUUUUGGAUCGUUAAUAGUCACCAUGGACGAGGGUAUGGAUGAGGAAAUGUCUUAUGACGGGUACAACAAUCCGCCACGACAAAGUGGACAUCAUCAUCAUAGUAGCCAUAAUAGCAACAGUACGCGAGAACGACCAUCGCUAUUAGGACAUCAUUCCCCUGUCGGAUCACCGUCUCAUAAAAGGUCAUACGAUGGUGCUUAUGACGAUAUGCAACGUAUACAUCAACGACCACGCCUUAAUUCAUCAUCACGACCGACUUCUACACAUGUCUCACCGGCUGCAUCACCGAAUUCGAAAACAAAUAGUCCACAACUUUCCAUACCGCCGACUCAUAAUAUCAAUAAUAGUGAUACUAGGGCUGAAGAUGUACAAUCUCCAGCAUUGGGACUCGUCAUGUCACAGCAACAACAGAAUUCGACAUCAUCACCACCACCGCCUGACGAAGAACUCGUUAGUGAAGCACUGGAAAAUCCACGACCAUCAGUAGAAUCAACUGAUGCACCACCAACAGAAGCUACAGAAGAUGAGGCUGAAGUAGAUGGCAGUGACGGAGACUUUGAUUAUCGAGCAAGCUCUCCAAGGACUACGAGACGUGGAGGCUCACGAGCACAAAUACCACGUAGAAAUAACUAUAGUGCGCCUCUAGCUCCAGUAACUCGAGGUGGUCCACGUCGUCGUGGCGCAAUAGCAGCCAAAAUAUCACGAUUUGAACGAUAUGAUUCAGCUACCAUGGCAGCUCGAGUGCCUCCUCUAUUAUCCGCUGACCAGCGUGGUGAACCAUCACAGCUAGAACAACGUCAUUCAGCUAUAAAAAUCGAUGAUGCACUUGCAGCCUAUAAACCUGAAUCCGCGGAAGCCGUCCUAAAGAGAUGGACUGAAGAAGAAAUCGAACAAUUAGAUGCUGGUCUCAACCUACUCGGCCCUAAAGGUGGAGCUAAAGCAGGUCACUUUUAUGGUGCUGCCGGUCGUCCUCAAUACAAGUCUCAGGAUUGGUUGGGUGCAGCUGCUAAAGCAGUCCCUACAAAAUCAACUCGAGAAGUAGUCCAAUUCUAUUACAUGUUUAGGAAUAAACUCCCGUGGUGGCGUGCUCGUGCAGCCGAUAAGUACCGACGUAAAAUGGCUGUGGAAGACCGUGAAUAUGAAAAGGCUACUGCUUCUGCUCGUGAUUGGGCUGAACGAUGUGAAGAUGAGAUUGACAGAAUGGCGCGCUUUGAAUCUGGUGGGGGGACUCGGCGGUCUGAACGUGCUAAUGCGGGUGCUAAACGACGACGUGGGAAGAACUAUGUGGAAGAUGACGAUGAUGAGUCGUUAAGAGGGGGAUCUGUGGGUCCAGUAGAUAGGGCCAGGAAGAGUCGUGUGUCGUUUAGACAGAAUAGUGUUGAUUCAGAAGACUAUUAA